GACCAGCGCCGGCGGAGUUAGACCUUCUCGGGCAAGUGUUGGCUGGCGGGGGCUACGGACCUCUGCUUGCCCCUGGGACAAUGUCCGUGUUUCACGACGAAGUAGAGAUCGAGGACUUCCAAUAUGACGAAGACUCGGAGGCAUACUUCUACCCCUGCCCGUGUGGGGAUAACUUCUGCAUUACCAAGGAAGACUUGGAGAAUGGGGAAGACGUGGCAACCUGUCCUAGCUGCUCUCUUAUUAUAAAAGUGAUUUAUGACAAGGAUCAAUUUAUGCGUGGAGAAACAGUGUCACCCCCUUCCACCCACAAGGAAUUAGUUAAAUGCUAAAGAGGACUUUAGGAAUCUACAUCCUGAACAUUUGGGAAUGAGCCAAGCUGGAAAAAUCAAAUGCAAAGUCACCGGCUUCCUUCACGGGAACAACCCUUCCAUAGUUGGCUGUGCCAUUAGCAUGUGGUUCCUUACCAUUGCUGCUGAGUUCAUCUCCAAUUAAAGAAGCAAGUCCAUGACGUGACAUGCCUGGAUUUUGUGCUUAGAACUUUGAAUUGGAAAUGUUCUCCAUUUUCCAUGUGAGUUUAAAGGAAGAUCUUUUCAAAUCAGUGCUUUCUUUCUCUCAGUAUCAUUUUUGUGUCUUACACCUGAUUUCUUCCUUAUCCGAUAACAGCAUCAUCUACCUCAAAGUCAUUAUGAUUCCUUAAUAAAAGGGGGGAUUAUAUUUUUGGCUUAGUUAUUAAGAUUAUUGGAAUUAGCCCUUUCUUUGAAAUUGGACAUCCUCUUUGCCAUUCUAAACUUAAGCAAAUUUGUUGCUUUGUCCCACUGUGUUUUCAGGUCCCACACCAAGCCAGUCUGCUCAGUCUUGCAUUCAUAAGAACUCAGUUCCUGUUCUGCAUAGCAUACCAUUUCCAUUGUACUUCCUGCAUUCAGUUCUGGUCACGGUAUUAUAGAGAAAGUGUACCAAGCUCAUAAUUUUUCCAGAGCCCGAAGAUAGAAAGUAAGGUCAAAAAGUGAAAUGGUCAAGGAAUUGGAAGUUUCCUUAUCCAUAUUCUACAUGUGCCUUGAAAAUUGGGACAAGAUAACAAGAAAAGCAGCCAAAGGAACUGAAGUUGGAAGCAGAACAAAAAGAAAAAUUUGCCAACUUAGUAAAUUGAAUGCUUCAGUGGCUUUGCCAGAUCCGAGCAGACCAUAUUUGUGUGAUCUGGGUCUUGUCUGUCGCACUGUGUUUAGCUAAGGCUAAUGACAUGGCGCGAGAGAGGGCCCCCUGUCAAGGCUUCGCGGCUGGCAGCAGCGCUUUCGGCGUCCCCUCGGCAUCGGGUCACUAGCCCUGAAACGUAGAGCUGCUACAACAGCUCUUGCGGAGGACGAACCUGAAGAUGAGAUGCCUGUUCUAAAUAAAUGUGUCCCUAGGGACACAUCUAACCAGUGUUUAUAGGCUGUAACUGAACCAGACAUCCACUCUUACAGAGAGAUGUUGCCCUGGAAAAAAACAGAUUUAUAAAGGCAGGCUAUCAGUCCUCCUUUGCUGUGGAUAAUAGCAAGAAAUUAGAAUCACAUGAAAAUCCAAAGAUGUCUUUCAUAUACACAACUUUGCAGUGUGUUUCUAAAAUUAAAAAAAAAAACAAAAAAAACAACCUCACUGAUGCUUGGUAGGUUGUUUUGGGAACAGCUCCUGCAAUUAAAAAAAAAACAGCUUGCCAGAAUGUGACCAUUCUGACCGUUGUACUACUGGUUGAUAAAUGGGCUGCAUUAGUCUAAGACCUAAUACUUCACCAAAAAUUGUAUGUCAGAAGGACGGGGUACAUUAUGUAUUAUUAUAUGACAUUCUUCAUGGCAUGAGAAGUGUCAUGGCUAUUUGGGGACACUGAUGUCCCAGAAUCCACCCGUGGAUUAGAGCCAGUGGCAGCUCAGACGAAGAGAGCAUGGUAUAUGUUACCUCGUGGGAGUGAACUUCAAAGAGCAAAGAACUGUUCCAUGCUCAAUUUUGUUGGUUUUAUAGAUACCGGUAAUACCAGCUCCUUUGGCUGAUGAUGAAUUUAAAACCAACGGGCACCCUUGAUGUGAAUGUCAAAGGAAUAAAAGUUGCCCCACUCCAAACAUUCCAGUAGGAGUGAAUUAAACUGCACUGGCAAUCAGUGACCAGUGGUAAUCCUGCAGUGAUGGGAGUGAGUUCGUUUCUAAAGCAACUGAGUUACUAAAUUUGCUAACUACAAAAGAACUUUUCUGUUAAGCAGAAAGUAAAACCAAGGUCUUUCAGACACGACUAGAGUUCUGUGUGAUAUUCUGUGCCUUGUGCACCUUACCAGACAUUUCAGACCACCUCUGAGAACUGAUCUGUAAUCCAUGCUCUGUCUCUUGCUAGCUUUGUAGUCUUUGCCAAGGCCAGUGGAUUCAUCAUCUCUCCAAUUAGGAGACUAGAUCAGGUGCUUUUUAAACUGUCGGUAUUAUAACUUGCAGGAGCUGAAAUGAUAAUUGAAACCUUUAUAGACUCAAAACUAAAUCAUGAACUACUAGAGAAAGACAGUACUUCUUUAUAACUUGAUGUCACCACACUUCUGAGUUUGCAAAUAAAGUCAGCUAUUUAAAGGAUUCUGCGUAUAUUUUAGUGUGCACAUUUGGAAGCAGUUUUCCUGGGAAGCACGCAACACUUUUGAUUGCUGUACAAACUAAUUUAUUACCAGAAUAAAUUAUUGACAUACUAAAUAAAGUCAUAAUUCAAAUC